CGGCCGCAGCACGGCGGCCGCCGAGGGACAAUCCUGCCGCGUCCGCAGCCUCCGGGGCUCCCGGCACAAGUCCCGCCUCCAGGUCCCACCUAGUCCGCCGGGCAACGCGCAUGGGUUUGCGCAAUGUGUGUGCCCUGGCACUCACUUUGUGUCCGCCCGCGCCCUCCGAGCAUGGCUUAUCAUCUGGUUACCAUUUCUGAGUCGUUCUCCAGUGUAGUAGACGCGGCUGCCCAGCAACCCAGGCCCUCGGUCACAUGGAACCUGGGCUCGCCUUUGGGUUAUUCGACCGCCGCCCAGGCCACCACCAGUUCCGGCACCACCCCGGCCUGGACCUUCCAGCGCGAUAGGCUCGGCUCUCACCCCGAAAUCAACGUAGGGACCCACCCGCAGAUCUGCUUCCUGCGGCCGCGGACAGCGCAGCUGCCGGUGCUCUUCAGCUUAAUGAAUUCCAGUGAAGCAGCAGUGAAAAAAUUUUUACCCAAGAGCCACUUACCCCGGGUGAUUAUUCGUGACAACCUCAGUGCACAACGAGUCUAUGAGAUGGAGAUAAGAGCUUCAGACAAGACCAAGAGAAAGACGAGCCACUUGUAUGACCAUCUGAAGAAAAAGUUCAUGACCGACCAGCUCAGAAAGCUGGGGUGCUAGAGACGGGAAUCCAUGAACAUCCAGCAGUACCUGGGAAGCAUCCAAGUAUGCAAGGUCCAGUUCAACCUCCAUCCUCACAGGAAAAGCCAGCCACCCUAGUCAAAGCAGAAUAAUCUGCCCCUGAACCAUGAUGACACUAGACUACAGGAGGAGGAGACUUAGAAACUAGCCAGCCUACACCAUCACAGAACCAUAAUAAACUAAGAUCAGCGGACAGUGGA